GCGGGAUUUAAAAACUGCGGCGGUUUAGGCGGCGGUCGGGUUUGGAGGAGUUAGCUGGGAUUUGGUUCUUUGCCUUUUCUUGUUUCUCUUACCGAAGGGCCUCCGCAUGCUAAUGGAGUCAUCGCUCCCGGCGCGCCUGUUUCCCGGCCUUACCAUCAAGAUCAAGCGCAGUAAUGGUUUAAUUCACAAUGCUACCAUAAGGACCGUGAGCUUAGAGAAAUCCUGCAUUUCAGUUGAAUGGACAGAAGCAGGUACCACGAAGGGCAAAGAGAUUGAUUUUGAUGAUGUGGCUUCUGUAAACCCAGAACUCUUACAGCUGCUUCCCACACAACCAAAGGACAAGCUGCCCCUGCAGGAAAAUGUAGCAGUCCAGAAACAAAACCGCAGAUCAGUUAACUCCAAAAUUCCUGCUCCAAGAGAAGGUCUUCGAAGCCGUUCCAAUCGCAUGUCCAUUGUCUCAGAGGUCCGCAUCACGGCUCAGGAGAAUGACAUGGAAGUGGAGCUGCCUGUGUCUGCAAACUCCCGCAAGCAGUUUUCAGGUGCCGCUGGCCUCCCCAGGCCCUCCUGCCCUGCAGCGACUGACAUGCCAUUGACGAUGGUCAGCGAAGAGGUAGAAGAGCAAGUCCAAGUCCAUUCCAACCGAGGCAGCUCUUCUGCAAACACUGUGAACACAGUUCGGCGGAAAUCAUGUCUUGUGAAGCAAAUGGAAAGAAUGAAGAACAAACGAGAAGAAAAGAGGGCCCAGAAUUCUGAAAUGAGAAUAAAGCGAGCUCAGGAGUAUGAUACCAGCUUUCCAAACUGGGAAUUUGCUCGGAUGAUUAAAGAAUUUCGGGCUACUUUGGAAUGUCAUCCACUUACUGUGACCGAUCCCAUUGAAGAACACAGGAUAUGUGUCUGUGUGAGGAAACGCCCGCUGAAUAAACAAGAACUGGCCAAGAAGGAAAUUGAUGUGAUCACCGUUCCCAGCAAGUGUCUUGUCUUAGUACAUGAACCUAAAUUGAAAGUGGACUUAACAAAGUAUCUGGAGAACCAAGCCUUCUGCUUUGAUUUUGCAUUUGAUGAAACAGUUUCAAAUGAAGUCGUCUAUAGAUUCACAGCAAGGCCACUGGUCCAGACAAUUUUUGAAGGAGGAAAAGCAACUUGUUUUGCCUAUGGCCAGACAGGAAGUGGUAAGACACACACCAUGGGCGGAGACUUCUCUGGCAAAGCCCAGGAAACAUCCAACGGGAUCUAUGCCAUGGCCUCCCGAGAUGUCUUUCUUCUGAAGAACCAGCCCCGCUACCGAAGCCUGGGCCUAGAAGUCUAUGUGACAUUCUUCGAGAUCUACAAUGGGAAGGUGUUCGACCUGCUCAACAAGAAGGCCAAACUGCGCGUGCUGGAGGAUGGCAAGCAACAGGUGCAGGUGGUGGGGCUGCAGGAGCACCUGGUUAACUCUGCCGAUGAUGUCAUCAAGAUGAUUGACAUGGGCAGCACCUGCAGGACCUCUGGGCAGACAUUUGCCAACACCAACUCCUCCCGAUCCCAUGCCUGCUUCCAGAUUCUUCUUCGAUCCAAAAGGAGAAUGCAUGGCAAGUUCUCUUUGGUGGAUCUGGCAGGGAAUGAGCGAGGUGUUGACACUUCCAGUGCUGACCGGCAGACCCGCAUGGAGAGUGCAGAAAUCAACAAGAGUCUCCUGGCCCUGAAGGAGUGCAUCAGAGCACUGGGACAGAACAAGGCUCAUACCCCAUUCCGUGAGAGCAAGCUGACGCAGGUGCUAAGGGACUCCUUCAUUGGGGAGAACUCAAGGACUUGCAUGAUUGCCAUGAUCUCACCAGGCAUAAGUUCCUGUGAAUACACUUUAAACACCUUACGAUAUGCAGACAGGGUCAAGGAACUGAGCCCCCACAGUGGGCCCAGUGGAGAACAGCCAAUUCAGAUGGAAACAGAAGAGUUGGAAGCCAGCUCAAAUGGGAACCGGAUUGCAAGCAAUUUCUCCGAGGAGGAACUGUCUUCGCAGAUGUCCAGCUUUAACGAAGCCCUGACUCAGAUCAGGGAGCUGGAAGAGAGGGCUGUGGAAGAACUCAAGGAGAUUAUACAGCAAGGUCCAGGCUGGCUUGAGCUCUCUGAGAUGACUGAGCAGCCUGACUAUGACUUGGAGACCUUUGUCAACAAAGCGGAAUCCGCCUUGGCCCAGCAAGCCAAGCACUGCUCAGCUCUGCAAGAUGUCAUCAGUUCUUUGCGUCUAGCCAUGCAGAUGGAAGAACAGGCCAGCAGACAGAUGAACAGCAAGAAACGGCCCCAGUGACAACUGCAAAUAAAGCAUCUGCUUUGUUUUGCACCCUC